AUAAAGCCCCGCCUCUUCGAUUUCGUCACGAAAGCGCGCGCUCAGCUUUGGAAACCAUCGCUUGCACUUCCGGGAAACGAGAGCGAGAGAGCGCGUGCGUGCGUGUGUGAGUGAAUGUGACGCUUGAGACGAGUAGAAGACGGUUGCAGGUUCGAGAUGUCUUACUCGUCACGGAGUUCCCUGGACUGUAAGGUGUAUGUGGGUGACCUGGGCAAUGGCGCGGCGAAGGGCGAGCUGGAGCGUGCGUUCAGCUACUACGGGCCUCUGCGGAGCGUCUGGGUGGCGCGGAACCCUCCUGGCUUCGCUUUUGUCGAGUACGAAGACUCCAGAGAUGCCGAGGACGCCGUGAAGGGCAUGGACGGAAAAAUGCUCUGCGGGGCCCGCAUCCGCGUCGAGAUGUCAAACGGAAUGUCCCGGAAGUCCCGCUUCGGUCGGCCAAGCCGCAGACAGUUUGAUCCAAAUGACCGCUGCUACCAGUGCGGAGAGACUGGCCACUACGCCUACGACUGCUACCGCUACAACAAGAGAGGCGGCAGACGCAGCAGGUCUCGCUCUCGGUCCAGAUCUCGUGGUCGUCGCUACCACUCUCGCAGCCGUAGCAACGAGCGGAGAUAUCGCUCUCCAUCCUACUCCAGAAGGCGGAGCAGGUCGGCAUCCCCGGGUCGCUCCAAAUCCCGAACCCCAGUUCGACGCUCUCGUUCCCCUGUGCGCCGAUCCAGAAGUCCUGCCAGGAGGUCCAGAACACCAGUCCGCAGGACCAGUCGUUCUCGUUCUCGUUCACGUUCCCGCUCCGGCUCCAGACAGAGAGUGCGCAGCGCAUCCAGGUCCCGAUCCAGAUCUCGUUCUCGCUCCUUAAGCAAGAAAAGAGACAGCCGUUCUAGGUCCAUCAGCCCGAGAAAGAGCCCGACGCCUGACGCUGACUGAUUUGGAACGUCGAACCCCUCUUCAUCUCCACCCUUCUCUCUCUCUCUCCCUCCCUCCCCACUCCCUCUCCACUCCAGCGCUUCUCUGCUAUACCUCCGUCAACUGAUGAACCUCCAUCGACUGAUGUCAUUAUGACUUCUGUUCCAUCGCAGUCCCCCUUCUUUCAGUUUUCAGUUUCAAACAUCUGCAUCCGCACCUGUACGUCUCUGCUCUCCUGCCUACCUCUCUUUGCCUAUUUUUUCUUUUACACCGCGAGUUUCUUUUCCAUUUUAAAAAUGUAUUCUUAAAAUGGUUUUAAGCCAUCGUUUUUAGUUUCAGGCCCGAGACUCUGGUCUGUAAUGAACGGGACAGUCAGCAGUGUCGGGAUUGGAAAAAAAGAAUGAGCCAUAAUUGGGUCAAAGCUAGGCUUGAAGUGUUUUUGGUUUUUUAAUUUUUUUUUUGUUUUGUUUGUUUUGGUUUUUUUCCCCUGCUAUGAAAAUGCCAGUGGUCUUUUUAAUAAAGUGAGUCUUUACACAUCA